GUGAAAACAUAAAGAUUAAAAAUAUUUAUGACAUAUAUCAGGAAGAUGACAUAUAUCAGAAAGAUGAUAACUCAAAUAUUGAAAACAUAGUUCAAAAAGAUGACAACACAAAUCUUGAAGAAGAUACAAUUAUAAAUGACAACAUUAAUCAAAAAAUGGACAAGGAAAUGGAUUAA